AUGAUCGACACCGUUUACUACGAACUGAGCUGGUCGAUUCUCAGCACCAUCGGAAUCGCUAAUGUUUUGUUCGGUCUCAUGGUCGCUGGCAUCACCAGCUUUGGUCCCGUCUCCAUCGUCCCCAUCGUCACCAGUGCUGCUGGCGCAAUAGCAAACGGCCUUUGCUAUUAUGCAUUUUACGACAAGGACACUUCUGCUACCUCGGCGGCUAUAGCCUCUAUAUUUGCCGACAUACUCUGGCUAAUACAAGAAGCUGGUCUGUCAUUUUACAGCUACAUCAUCUUGAGUCGAGUUUUACGUGGUCGACAGUGGAUAAUCUUCGCGACUCUGUACUGGUCCAUGAUAUUGUCAGUGGCAGCCAUUCGCGUCGUCAUUGCAGCCGUCCGAGCUCGCCGUAUACUCCAAGGACUCGACGACGACCAGUCCUUGAUCAAUCACCUACACAUGGGCUACUUCAUUCUUAUCGCCCUAUUGGAAUGCGUCAGCUCAUUCUUCCUCCUCCGAGUUUUUGGUUCGGCAAAGUCGACAUCUCUCAGCGCCGCCAUCAAGGCUGGAUUGUUCCGGUAUCUGAUGCGAAGCACCGAAGUUCGGCUUGCACUUCUUGCUGUGCUUGGUGUGAUGCGAGCUAUCACAUACUCAUUUCAGAAUAGUCAACAAAUGGCCACGAAUCUCGCCUCGCAAAUUGAUCGUAUCGACAUCCUUGCCUCCAAAGUCGUCUUCCAUAACCAAGUGUACGGAUCUUCUGGACACAGCCGAAACCAUCCCGGUGGCUAUCCGCGUCAACGUUUCGGUGGAAACGGCCUCGAUAUCAUCCUCACGACGCAACAAGGCGAGAACAUUGUGGAAGUCCGAGGAGGAGAGUCAAGUGGCGAUAGAACAAGCUCACAAGAGCGUAUCAUCAGUCGUGCCCAUAGGAAUACGUCGUCAGAUAUCGAUAUGGAAGAGAUGGAUACAAAACAAAUCGGGAUAAGUAAAACAGUCGAGUUCGAGGUGCGCACCAGUAGUGAUCCAGCGCGAUGA